AUGCUUCCGACGUUCUUGCGGAGCGUGCAUACGGUGGUCAUUGGCGGGGGGCACGCCGGCGUCGAGGCGGCGGCGGCCUCGGCGCGCACCGGAGCGUCGACGGUGCUGCUGACGACCAAGACGGCGACGAUCGGCGAGCUCAGCUGCAAUCCUAGCAUGGGCGGCAUCGGAAAAGGGACGCUCACACGCGAGACGGACGCGCUCGGCGGCCUGGCCGGUCAGGCCGCCGACGCGGCCGCGAUCCAGUUUCGUAUGCUGAAUCGGUCAAAAGGAGCGGCGGUACAUGGGCCACGCGCACAGCUCGACCGGUACCUGUACAAGACGGAAAUUCAGAAGAAACUCGCGCAGGUGCCAAAUUUGACGAUCCGCGAGGCCAACGUUCACGGCCUCGACCUCGCGUGGGGGGAAUCAUCGCGCGAUGCCCAGGCGACGGUGCGUGGCGUGUCGCUCGCGAGCGGCGAAGUGAUUUCGUGCGAACAGGUCGUGCUGUGCACCGGCACCUUUCUCGCCGCCGCCAUCCUCCUCGGCAAGGAGCGGCGGCCGGCGGGCCGUAUGCUGCCGAUUCCCCACAAAGGCUACGAGCCAAGCACCGAGGGGCUGAGCGAGGCGCUGGCCAAGGCGGGCUUUGCGCUCGGGCGCCUCAAGACGGGCACGCCGGCGCGCAUCGACGCCGCGUCCGUCGCGCUCGGCGCGCGCUUUCCCGCCGAGCAAGGGCGCCCAGCACGCUCGCCGGCGCUCGAGCCCAUGCCGGGCGACGAGCACCCCGCGCGCUUCUCGUUCGUGGACGCAGAUACCCCUCCGAUCGACGCCACUCGGCAGCUGUACACGUAUGGGACGCGCACGAUACCUGCGACGCACGCCCUCGUCACGCAGGGCAUGGGAAGCGACGAGUACGAAAUGACGCGGCAUGCUGGGCCGCGGUACUGUCCCUCGCUCGAGGUCAAGGUCGUGCGAUUCGCGCACAAAGACUCGCACCCCGUGUGGCUCGAGCCGGAAGGCUUUCUGGACACGCCGCAAGGCGACGGGCACGUCCUCUACCCCAACGGCCUGUCAUGCUCGCUCCCCCCCCCUGUACAGGAAGAAAUGAUCCGCACAAUUCCCGGCCUGGAGCACGCCAAGAUGCUGCGGCCCGGCUACGCGGUUGAGUACGACCACAUCGAUCCCCGCGAGCUUUUGCCGUCGCUCGAAUGUAGGCGCAUCGAAGGCCUCGCGCUAGCCGGCCAGAUCAACGGCACGACGGGCUACGAAGAAGCGGGCGCACAAGGCCUGCUGGCCGGCCUCAAUGCCGGCCUCCGUGCGCAGCGCCGCGCUGAGCUCCAUAUACCCCGCUCCGAGGCGUUCCUGGGUGUGCUUGUCGACGACCUGCGCAUCCAAGGCGUCCAGGAGCCCUACCGCAUGUUUACCUCGCGCUCCGAAUACCGCCUGUCGCUGCGUGCAGACAACGCCGACCUGCGUCUCACGCCGCGCCUCCUUGCGGCGUGUCCAGAGGCGGUGGACGCCAAGCGCGCCGCGGCGCUCGCGCGCGUGCAAGGCGAUCUCGACUAUGGCAUGAACUUGCUUCGGCAGACAAAAAUGACGUCCGGGACCUGGGCACAGUACGGCCUCGGUGUCCCGGGCGACGUGCGUACGCUCUCUGCGCUGGACGUGAUGCGGCGUCCUCAUGCGCGCCUUGCCCAGCUCCUUGAGGUGAUCCCCGCCUUGGGCGAGCUGCCGCGCACCACGCAGAGCCGCCUCGAGACCACCGCCGCGUACCUACCCCUGCUCGAGCGCCAGGAAGCCGAGAUCGCGAUGCUGUCCAAAGACGAGCACGCGGUGCUUCCUGCGAUCGACUAUACCCUGCUGCACGGCCUCAGCCGCGAGAUGCGCGAGCGCUUCGCAGCCGUGCAGCCCCGCACGCUCGGCGAGGCGAAGCGUGUGCCGGGCUGCACGCCCGCGUGCUACGCAGCGCUGUGGCGCGCGUGUCAUUCUCCGUAG